UCUAGGGCGAAACACGCGAAAACGCGACUUUAAAUAUUUUACUGGAACAAAAGAAACGAGAGUAAGAGAGAGAGAAAUACAAACACAUGAUUCGUUUGGAUUGUAAACCGAAGAUAGAUAAAUAAAAGAGCGCAGACGCGUGGGGGAAAUAACAUGGAGUGAGAGGACGAGAAAAGAUAAAAGAUAUAUAUAUAUAUAAAUGGACUCCCGAGUAAUACGAAGACACCGGAUGGUCGUCAGUUCGUGAAAAAUACUUACGCGAGUGCUAGACGAGCAAACGAGGCAGGCUGACAGCGUAUAAAUAUAACGUAGUGUGAGUUAUCAAUCUUCUCCACGACUUUACGGAGAACUACGCAUUUUAGUUAAUUUUUUCGUUAUGAAAAACUUGUGGUAUACGAUACGGCGGUGAUCGAAAAUGAACAUUUGCCACGUGUUUGUUGAUGGUGGUACUAGUGUUAUUAGUACUGAUAAUAGCAUACAACAACAACAACAACAACAACGAUAAUAAUAAUAAUAAUAAUGAUAAUAAUAAUAAUGAUAAUAAUAAUUGGUGGUUGUAAAUUUGACAGGAAAAUGAUUUCUUUGUAAUUUUUUUUUCCAUUUAUUUCUUUUAUGAAGGCUGAUGAUAUGCACAACAAUCAAUAAUUGAAACCAUGGACCAUGGUUUUAUUGAUGAGUUUUAUUUUGUUUUGAGGUGGAUCGCAAUGAACUCAUUGUUAAAUAAAAUGAAGUUGGUAUAGCCUAGUGGAAAAAUUUGAGCAAAUUCUAUGUGAAGCAUAAUCGAUAGUGGAAUUGAUUCGGUGUCUUGUUCUAUGACUUCUCGAAGCAACAAGGCGACUUUACAGUCGGAUAAGAGAAAAAACGAUUGAUACCUGAAAGACUCCAACGAGGUUUCUAGAUUUUGCCCUAACACAUCAGAUAUGGAACGACAGUGACGGCACCGUGGACACUGAGAGUCAUAAUAAGUAGAGAUUCGGAUAUGUUGAUCAAGGAAUAUCGAAUUCCCCUGCCACUCACGGUGGAGGAGUAUCGAAUCGCGCAGCUAUAUAUGAUUGCGAAAAAGUCACGAGAGGAAAGCAAGGGUGCAGGAAGCGGAGUCGAAAUAAUCGUCAAUGAGCCGUAUACAGAUGGUCCUGGUGGUGGAAACGGACAAUAUACCAACAAGAUUUAUCACGUUGGUAGUCAUCUACCGGGCUGGUUCAAAUCCUUGUUGCCGAAGUCGGCCCUGACGGUGAAUGAAGAGGCUUGGAAUGCUUAUCCUUAUACGAAGACACGUUAUACCUGUCCAUUUGUCGAAAAAUUUUCCGUGGAGAUUGAAACUUUUUAUUUUCCUGAUAACGGGCACCAGGAAAAUGUUUUUAAACUCUCGGGCAGCGAUUUACGUAAUAGAAUCGUCGACGUUAUUGAUGUCGUGAAGGAUCAACUAUCCGCUGCCGAUUAUGUCAAAGAAGAGGAUCCAAAAUUGUUUGUCUCCGAAAAAACUGGACGUGGACCUCUGGCGGAAUCUUGGCUAGAAGAUUAUUGGAAAGAAGUCAAAGGCAAGGAACAACCUACACGAUCGGGAAAGUCACUCAUGUGCGCCUACAAGCUGUGCCGAGUUGAAUUUCGAUAUUGGGGCAUGCAAACCAAGCUUGAAAAGUUCAUACAAGACGUAGCUUUGAGAAAAACGAUGGUAAGAGCGCAUCGUCAAGCAUGGGCAUGGCAGGAUGAAUGGAAUGGUCUGACCAUGGAAGACAUUCGAGAAAUCGAGAAACAGACUCAAUUGGCGUUGCAACAAAAAAUGGGAUGUGCAGAAAUGGCCGAGGAUGAAAGUAGUGAGAACAGAGAUGAAGAAAAAUCAGAAUCAAAUAACACGGUAACGACGCCGGUGCAAGGAUCUGAUCAUGUGGCCAAAACACUAGCAGCCACACUUGGCAGUAUCGAAAAAAACGAAGAUCUCCAGAGUCCACAGAGCUUUAGAAAAUCUUCGGAGGUACCAAUUAUAAAUACGGCCGCAAAUUCAGAUGGCGACUCGACCGCAGAAGACUCUCCGAUUGAAACCAUCGCUCCGGUGACACAAAUGAAAGAUGAUAAAACCGGAACUAGCGGAGGAAAAAACAAGGAAAAGGCCUGGAAUCGGAACGCUCAAUCGCUUCGUUCGCCAUCAUCUUCUAAAAGUUUUGGGAUACAAAUAGCAAAUCUCCGUAUGGAGAGUCUUAUGAGGGAAUCCGAGUCAAGCAGCGAUGAGGAAUUCUUCGAUUGUCAAGAGGAUUUUGAUGACAACACCUCUCUCGCAAAAUGGAGCUCCCUAGAUUUACUGAAUGAAAAAGACGACGCGAUUUCUCCGGCUAUUUCUACUAAGGACAAUCAAGGGGACAGCAUAUUUUCGCCCUCGUAUCUGCAAAGGGUAGCGAGUGAAAGGAGCAGCAAGAGAUUAUAUGUCAAAUCUUCAGCCAGCCUGGACAUAUCCUGUCCUGCAUCGCCUCAAUAUUCGCCAACACAUCAGCCGUGUAGAACUACGGUACUGCUUAUCGCCAUACACGCUGGAAGUGUUUUAGAUGCAAAUGUAGAUGUUACGGCAAUAAAAUCGGACAUAACAACUUUUCGAGGAGCCUUCGAGUCUGUAAUGAGGCAACACUAUCCAAAUAUGGUCGGUCAUAUAGCAGUGAAGUUUGUCUCCUGCCCGUCCAUAUGUACCGAAGGCCUUGGAAUUUUGUCAAGUCUAAGUCCUUACAGUUUCGAUGUUUCACCAUCGUGCCUCGACACGCCCCAAAUAACCCACGAUACAUUACCCAUCGGAGCGAUUCCUCUUUUGGCGACUUCGACUUCUGAGUACCAAGAUGCGGUAUCAAAAGUCGUCAGUGGAGCGAAUCAGGUUUACCAGGAUUUCUUAAGAAGCGAAGAAGGUCAUGGUUUUACGGGACAAAUCUCUUUCGUUGGAGAUUCUGUGGGAUCGAUAUUGGCUUAUGACGUUCUUUGUCGAUCGGUUCAAUACCAAUCAAGGCAUGAUAGUGAAAAUAGUAUUCUCGAGAACGACAAUCAACCUGGAAUAGAAAACAACGGUACCAUGAUCGAUGAUUCAAAACAUUUGACUGCACCUUCGCCGAGAAGGAGAUCCUCUUCUACAAGUGAAAAUUCACAACAGUGCAAACUCGACUUCGACGUCAGCGAAUUCUUCAUGUUUGGCAGUCCACUUGCCCUAGUACUUGCCUAUAGAAAAAUAUCACUAACUGGAGAAAAAAGCAACGAUAUACCGAGGCCCCUGGUGAAUCAAGUAUACAAUUUAUUCCAUCCGACUGAUCCUGUGGCUGUAAGGCUCGAGCCACUCAUUUCCGCGAGAUUCUCGCAGUUACCGCCUGUCAACGUUGCACGAUAUCAGAAAUAUCCAUUGGGUAACGGACAACCUUACCAUUUGCUCGAAGCGAUCCAGACAAAUCCACAAAUAUUUACGGACAGUCUUAACAUCCUAAAUACUCAACUCUCCCAUAUACGAAGAAUGUCUGAUAUAUCUCUCCAAAGUACUGUGUCUGGAGUCAUUGACAACGUUCCUCUGCAAGCUGUAUCGGUUUUAACUCAAAAAUGGUGGGGUAACAAGAGGAUAGACUACGCUCUCUACUGCCCUGAGGGUCUGGCUAAUUUCCCAACGAACGCAUUGCCUCAUUUGUUUCACGCAAGUUAUUGGGAAUCCUCUGACGUAAUUGCCUUUAUACUCAGACAACUUGGUCGAUUUGAUCUUCCCAUGCUUGGCGGAGAGGAAAAAGAAUUGACUUCUUUCCGUCCCGGACAGCCACGUGAAAAAUGGAAUAAAAAACGGACUUCUGUUAAACUCAAGAACGUCGCUGCCAAUCACCGAGCCAAUGAUGUCAUCGUUAAAGAAGGCGCGCCACAAGUUUUGAUAGCACGGUUUAUGUAUAGUCCCAUCGACGUCAUAGCUCUUACAGGUGAGAAGGUCGAUAUCCACAUAAUGAAAGACGCACCUUUACGAGAGUGGACCUUAUUGUCGACAGAGGUAACUGACAAGAAUGGGAGAAUCACUUACAGAAUUCCAGAUAACAAAGCACUUAGCUACGGUCUUUAUCCAAUUAAAAUGGUAGUCCGCGGCGAUCACACAUCAGUGGAUUUCUUCCUUGCUGUCAUACCACCGAAAACGGAAUGCGUGGUGUUCAGUAUAGACGGUUCAUUCACAGCAAGCAUGUCCGUUACUGGUCGUGAUCCGAAAGUUCGGGCAGGCGCAGUCGACGUUGCACGACACUGGCAAGAACUCGGUUACCUAAUAAUCUACAUAACAGCACGACCAGACAUGCAACAACAGAAGGUUGUAUCGUGGCUAUCUCAACAUAAUUUUCCUCAUGGUUUGGUUUCGUUUGCUGAUGGUCUUUCGACUGAUCCUCUUGGACAUAAAGCAGCUUACCUCAUCAAUCUUAUACAAGAACACGGGGUGAUAAUACAUCAGGCGUAUGGCAGUAGCAAGGACAUAAGUGUUUAUACAGCUAUUAAUCUAAAACCGAAUCAAAUAAUAAUAGUCGGUAAAGUUUCGAAAAAGCAUCAGUCUCUUGCGACAAUAUUGUCUGAAGGCUACGCUGCCCAUCUGAGUCAAUUGCAGGCCCAUGGGGGCUCCAGGUCUGCCAAGGGCAACGCCAGAAUGGUCAUACCGCGAGGACAAUUUGGCCUACCUGGUCUCAAUGUUUCACUACGUCGCAGAAGCUCCUUCAAAGCAGCCAAAAGGACUACAUCUCAAACAGGAAUUCUAGCAAAAAGUGAAUCCUUGGAAAGGAGUACAAGCGUUGAGCCAUCCUCAGUUCCGAGUUCGGUUUCCCCAACAAAAGUGGAAACUAAAAAAAGUGCUACUUCUGAAAAAUUCUGACGAUUCGCGCGUUGCCAUUCUUUCUUUGACUUGUGACAGUAAAUGAGUGACUUAAACUUCAAGGAUCCCUGGAUAAUAAUGAAAAUACAGAAGAUGUUCUCUAAACUCGACUGCAAGGAAUAAAAAAUCUCCUCGCUGGUAUCCUUUUAAUUCAUUCAUCAUGGCAGGGAUGUUUUUGUACGUGUAUUCAACAAUUAUUGAUGGAAAAAUAAAGGUUGAAAUAGAAUGAAA